ACAAAAGCCCACGUCAUUGACUGCCUUAAGAUACACAACCGCUUACAGCUUCCCCACACCAUAUCUGACCCCAUCUCUUUUUUGCUGAAUUUGUUACCCACCAGUCCUUCAAGGCAACACAAAAUACGGUGCCACGCUUGGACACUUCGAUGGUCCACUCUGCAGCUAAUACUAUCUGAAGUUGACUACCUCCAACAUAAUAAAGAGCCUCAAACACCGUCAGAAAACCUAUGA